AUGGACGCGGCGCCCCAGUCGCUGUCCGAGCUGCUCCAGCAAUCGAGGAAGCUCACCAACCAUCUCGGACGCUCAGACCUGCCUCAGAUCCAGCUCGGACUAGACCAGAUCGAGAACCAGAGUCGCAAGCUCGUCUCCAAGAGUCUCCGUUCUGGUUCCGCACAGCCUGGAGAUGCACGCGCUCACUACUUUCUCGCAAACGGCGGCAUCGACGCAGCGCAGCUCGCAGACACCAUCCACUCCGCCAACAUUGCAAGCACCUUUGAACCGCUCCAACCUAUCUACGACACGGAUGUAGAAAGCUACCUCACCCAUGAGCACCAGCAGGUCGUCAUCAGCGUCAUCGAGCAAGGCAGACGCGAGACGCUGCAAGACUUCCACCGCAACCUCGACCGCACCAUGCAUCGCGACUGGGAACGCCAAAAGCGCAAAAUCCUCGAAGAGCUAGGCCAGCAUCAGCCGUCCAACGCUUCGCGUGACGCUGACGUGGAUGCUUCGCGCUCGGGCUUUGGUGCUUCCACCUCGGCGCACACCCUGCCUGCCGGUGGCAGCUCCGCAUCCGGAUCGCACGUCUCAUCUCAGAUGCACGGCAAGAUGGCUCGAUACCAGAACGUCGUUUCCAGGCUCAACUCUUCGCGUCUCGAAGGCUACAGUUUGGCGCUGGCGCACGCUUUCAUCGACGCAACCACGGGACUCGGGGAGGAUGCGAAGAACAAGGAGCUGCAAGAAAGUUGGAAGGCGCUCGCUUCCAUGGUGCGAGAGCAGAAUGUCCGCAACGGCGAAUUCGCUGCCAAGCCAGUCAAAGAGCGACAGUACGCCUCCGCUUACGUCGAUCUCAAGGCUUGGAGCAGUGUCGACGGUACCAACUUGCGCAAGGAGCUCAUCGGGGGCUCGAAAGCCUUCCUCGAGAACGAGUUCGAGGAGCACAUGGAGCAGGUCAUUGCUGCCAACCCAGUGCUGGCACAACGCGGCGGUGCUCCUACCGUACGCUCGACCGUCAGCGCGUUCCUGCGCGUCCAGCAUCUCAGCUCGCAGAACCAGUGGAGAUCCGAUCUGGCCAAAGAGCUCGACGCGUCCACCAAUGUGCCGAUCUGGGCCGAACUCUACUUCCUCCUCCGCAUCGGCAAGCCCAAGGAGGCGCUCGAGUGCGCCUCGGAAAACGAAAACCGCAUCCGCUCCACCGAUCCUUCCUUCCUCGCCUACCUCAAGGCGUGGAUCGACUCGCCCGACCGCCGCCUUCCUCGCCUGCUCAAGGACCGCUUCACUGCCGAGUAUAAUUCGCGUUUCCGCACGUUGCCAGAGGUGCACGACCCUUACAAGCUUGGCCUGUACAAGCUCAUCGGCAGGAUUGACGUCUCCAAGAAAUUCCCAACGCUCCUCACCUCGAGCAUCCAGAAUUGGCUCUGGCUUCAGCUCAGCAUGGUGCGCGAGACGUACGACGAAGAUGCAGACGCCCAGGACUCGGUGCGCGACCGUUUCACGCUAGCCGAUCUGGGUAGCAAGGUGGAAAAGUUCGGCGAGGCUUACUUUGAUCCCAAGGGCAACCGACCGCUGUUCUACUUCCGUUUGCUGCUGUUGUGCGGCCAGUUUGAGAAGGCGGUCGGCUUCCUCUUCUCGCGCUCAGCGCACCAGGUGGAUGCGAUCCACUUUGCCGUGGUGCUGGCGUACUACGGCUUGCUACGCGUUCCUUCGCAAGCCGCUUCGUCGCAGGUCGAGUACCUGCUGAUCGAGUCGGAUGGACAGGGCGGCAGCAUCGCAUCGAUCGACUUUGCCAAGCUGGUGCAGCGAUACGUGCGCAUGUUUUCUCAGACGUCGCGAAGGGACGCACUGCAGUACCUGUACCUGAUCUGCUUGCACGCCGACGUGGCCGAGCCGGUGGGCUCAGAGCAGGUCCGACGCUGUCACGACUUGAUCCGCGCGCUGGUGCUCGAAGCGCAUCCCACUGAAUUCCAGGAACUUCUGGGCGACGUACGCACAAACGGAGCCAAGACGCCUGGUCUGAUCGAGAGGAACCUGCCGCUGAUCAAGAUCAAGAACGAGCGCGAAUUCCUGUCGACGAUCGUGCAGGUGGCUGCGACGCAAUGCGACAUGGCGCACCGCACCGAGUCGGCCAUCCUGCUGUAUAAUCUGGCGGGCCAGCACGACACGGUUGUGGCAGUGCUUAACAAGGAGCUCGGCGCGCGUCUGACGGAUCCGAGCAGCGCCUCCGAGUGGAAGUCGACCGGUUUGUCGUCGGGCGCCUCGUUCUCUGCGGCCAGCAACCUUGUCACGCUCGCCACGGCGAUCCUCGACACGUACGAGAAGCAGUUUGGCUACUCGGGCAAGAACCGCGACACGUGCCGUCGACUGUUGGAGCUCAAGAAGGCGGUGGGCCUGCACAGCGACGGACAGAACCUGCAGGCGCUGCAGACGAUUGAAGCGCUGCGCAUCCUGCCGCUGGAUGCCGAGUCGAGGAAGGACGUGGUGGCCAUCACGCGCAAGGCGGAAGAGUUCAAGGAGGUGGACGACAACAUUGCGCGCAACUUCUCCGAGAAUGUGCUCAUGACCAUGACGAUCCUGUACAAGCUGCAUCAGGAGCUCAAGGAGAGCAUCCACAGGAGUGGGACGAGCGCCAUGGACGAGUACAGGGCGCAGGCGAGGGCGUUGAUGAUGUGGGCGGGAAUGCUGCGCUUCCGUAUGAGCAGCGAGACAUACAGCCAGCUCACGCGACUCGAUGUGUUUAUUCACUAG